UUAUUAUUAUUAUCACAGCUGUUAACAGCUGUUAGGUUAUGUAUCGAGGUCAAGUCGUAUCCUACGACCUCAGACCUCGAGCACCUGUCUUAGUAGCCGCGCUGAUCCGAGGAGAGCUCCUUUCUAGAGUAACUCGAUCCUUGUCUUUAAGCCAAUCGAACUUAAAUGCUUUGUCAAGUUUUUACUGACUGUUCCGCGAGCGCCAACAACGAUUGGGACAACACAUGUCUUUAUGUCCCAUAAUCGGGCAAUUUCUCUUCUUAUAUCCUGAUAUUUCAGGACUUUCUCCUUUUCCUUUAGCCGACAUUAGCAUCUCCUGGCACAGCAAUAUCAAUUAUUAUGCAUUCACCUUCUUUUCUGUUCACUUUUACGAUGUCAGGUCUUCGGGCUUGGAUUUCCCUAUCUGUUUGGAUGGUAACAUCCCACAGUAUUUUUAGGUCAGGUUUUUCGAUGACUGGUAAUAGCUCGUGUUCAUACCAUUUUUCUUUAACCUCAAAUCCAUGUUCUUUCGCAAUUGCCCAGUGCACAAUUCUGGCCAUGUUGUCGUGUCGGUGUUUAUACUGGCUCUGUGCCAUCUUGCUACAUUCACACAGUAAGUGAUUCACCGUUUCAUCUUUCAAGCCACACAUUCUGCAUAAGGGAGAUAUCUGUUGUUUUUCUAUUUUCGCCUUUAAUGCAUCUGUAAUAGCCUUAAAAAUGUAAUAAUUAUUACAAAAGAAUCCACUUAGUUGUCAAUCAUUGGCUGUAGGGUUGCAGCUGAGUGGAUUCUACGAUGUGGAGGAGGAGUCAAGUUUCAUUCUCAUGACAGCUGGAUGAGAAACUACAAUGCACUUGCUCCAGGGCAUGGGCACAAAUACAGGCUUCAGGGGAUUGAUGCCCAGGAUACCUGUGUUACCACGGGGGGUCUGCUUCAUCUAGAAGGUCUUCAUCACCUAGAAUAUUUGAGUCUUCACAACUGUAAAUACAUAACCGACCUGAAUCACUUGCAGCAUAUGAAGAACUCUCUCAGAGAGCUAGAUAUUGGCAACUGUCAUGGAAUCUCAGACAUCCAACCACUUGAACAAAUGACAAAGCUGCAGAAGCUAAACUUGUCAGGCGCAAGUCGCAUCAAGGACAAAGACAAGUCUUUAAGUGAUCUCCUGAAAAAACUACCAGAAUGUGAAGUCAAGAUGUAGCGUGAUGAUCAUUUGGUGAUUUAAAAAACGGAUGAUUGGAGUAACUAUGUGCUUGUAGCCUUAGGGGGAGGAUACAAAUGACAGGCUGCCUAUUUGAAGUCUUUUUUCGAAAGGGUGAUGAUUAUUGCCAAAAUCAGGAUAACAAAAAUAACCUAGAGACAAAUAGCGGUCACAGACAGAUAGAUAGCAUAUAUUUCAUGAAAUGUGGUAUAGACCCAUUUGACUCGGUUCUUAUCCAAAAUCAGCAUAACAAAAAUAACCUAGAGACAAAAAGCGGUCACAGACAGAUAGAUAGCAUAUAUUUCAUGAAAUGUGGUAUAGACCCAUUUGACUCGGUUCUCAUUUUUUUUUUCGGCUUACCAGCCUGAACAGGGGCGGAUACUGGAGUUCAAGAAAGAGGGUGCCUAAACAAGGGUGUCGAGAGAGGGGGAGGGAAUUCAUUGUUCUUUCAGAUUCCUUGUAUUUCUUGUUCUUUUUAAGCAAAGUAUCCGAUUAGGGGGGCCUGGGUCUGCUCGGCCAACCCUAGAUCCGCCCCUGCUGAAGCCUUCCUAUUAAACCAGGAACUCUGUAUAAUUGAUAAGGACGAUAAUUAGGAUACCAGCCUGUCUGCGUGGCUGAGUUUUUCUAUCAAAGCUUUUGCUCUACUUUGGUCAUAGAUGAUGGACACCUUAGAGAGGCUAAACACACUAAUGUUAAAACAAUUGCUGUACUUGGAUAUAUUUCUUACCCUCGUACAAUCACGGUAUUUACGUCUAUUGGGAAAGAGCCUUCAGGACACUAGUCUGCGUGGACGAGGCGUGCCGACACUAAGAGCAGCUAUCAAAAUAACACCUAAAAACUAAGGCAACAUGCUGGAAUACAACCCUCACAUUGCACGACAUCAGACUAAGACUUUAUUUGAAUUGAUUGACAUCAUAAGAUAUAUAAACAAAAAUGUUACAGGCUGAAUGAUUUUUCGGCCGAAAAAACACUUUCUACCAAAUGUUAGUUUAUUCUGGAAGUAGAGUUUGGAAGAAAUGGCGUCUGCUGAUAUAACAUAGAGAUUUGGUGAGAGUUUUUGUUGGGUCACUAGUGCAUUUCAGAGGCGAAGGCGCCAGACUCUUGAACGCCAGGCGGGAAUUGUUCAGUCUAGUUAGUUAGCGAUGAAUGCAAAAGAGGCUCCGGUUUUGCGCCCCUUAAGCACUGAGUCUCCAUCAAGAGUGGUAGUCACGUGAUGAAUUGGUCACGAGGUUUCUCGAAUUUCAUUUCCAAGAACGUCUUGAGAAAUCAGAAAAGUCAAACAGACACAUUUGGUAAGACCUAUCAAAGGAAGAAAAUAACAUGAAUACAAUAAGAUCCAAAUACGUGCUUUUAAAAGUAUUAUAUUUUUCUUUGUUAGAAUUCCUAAACAGAUACAUUUCUUCGACUUUAAGAAGCCUAAGAAAUCAAUUGAUGUUAAAGAUGGUCACCAAAACAAUGUAGUGCUGGCAAAUGUUGUGCUGCGUUUAGUUUUAGCGUCCAGCGGCUGAGUAUAUUACAGAACUUUGAGCCAAAUGUAUUUCACGGGUAAAUAAGAACUACUUAUGUAAAAAAAUGUGGAAAUAAAUUGGGCGUUAUAUCGUUAUACCGCUUUGGAAA